AUGUCUCCCGACCCAACUGCCAUAGCUACGUCUUGGCUCACCGAUUUCUCUCGCUCCGUCCAGGACGAGGAUAUCGCUGCCCUUACCUCGUACUUCCUUCCUGACGGCUGGUUACGAGACCACCUCAUCUUUACUUGGGACACCCGCUCGCUUCUUGGGCACGAAGCCAUCUCUGCAUACCUCUCUAACACACUCUCGUCGGCGCAACUCUCGAAUAUCAAGAUCCACGAUGCACCGUUCUUGCACCCAACCUACGGUUCUGUCACGCCCACCUCUCUCGGAGUGACAUUUGCGUUCGCCUUCGACACUCCCAUUGCGCAUGGUAAAGGUUUUGUUCGGUUGCUCCCGCGAGGCGAGCAUUGGAAGGCCCUGUCUGUCUUUACGAGUAUGGCUGACCUGAAGGGCCACGAGGAGGAGGGAGCGGAAUUAGGCUCAUGGGGUGGUCAUACAUUGUCGUUCGAGUCUGUGCUCCAAGAGAGGAGGGCACAAAUCGAGAGCGAACCCCAUGCUCUCAUUGUCGGAGCUGGUCAAGCUGGGUUAAUGGUUGCUGCUAGGUUCAAACAGAUGGGUAUCCGGUCGAUUGUUUUAGAAAAGAAUGCGCGAGUAGGGGAUAACUGGCGCAAACGAUACCCCACUCUGAGCUUGCAUACGCCCAAGACUAAUCAUGGAUACCCAUCAACAUGGCCCACUUACUCGCCAAGAGACAAAUUAGCCGAUUUUAUGGAGUUCUAUGCCACAGCUCAGGAGCUCGUCGUUUGGACAAACUCUACUCUGUUGCCCCAACCUGCGUACAACCCCGAGACGAAGAGGUGGACCGUAACGAUCGACCGGGAUGGUACUGAGGUUCGCCUUAGUCCUUCCCAUAUCGUCAUGGCUGCUGGCGCGGUCGGCCCUCCACGCAUCCCAAACAUACCGACACUCAACUCCUUUGCCGGCGAGGUCCUUCACUCUUCUGGAUUCAAUGGCGCGGCUCCGUACAAAGGCAAGCGCGUCGUUGUCGUCGGCGCAGGCAACUCGUCCGCCGACAUUUGCCAGGACUGCAGCUUCCAGGGUGCAUCGUCUGUUACUAUGGUGCAGCGGUCAUCCACGACAAUCGUGAAGAAUGAGUUAGUCCAUGAUAUGGUCAUGGUUUCAUUUCCGGAAGGAGAACCGACGGAAGUCUCUGACUUCAAGAACACGUCGAUGCCUUGGGGUCUCAAGAGGAAGGUUAUCUUGGAGACCAAGGACGUCAUCGCUGAGAUGCACCGGGAGAUGCACGAAGGUCUUCGGAGUCGAGGGCUUGAUGUGAAUCUGGAUGAUGGUACGGGGACCUUCCUGAAGUUCCAUUCUAACUACGGAGGGCAAGACGUAGGGACUGCUCAACUCAUCAUCGAUGGGAAGGUGGGUAUUAAGCAUGGCGUCGAGAUUGCGCGGUGCAACAAAAACACCAUCGUCUUCUCCGACGACUCUGAACUCGAAGCCGAUGUCCUGAUUUUCGCGACUGGUCAACAAUCGUCUCUCGAGGCUUACAAGAAGGUCUUCGACCCGAGAUUGAUAGAGCAGACACCUCACCUAUGGGGCUUUGACGACGAGCAGGAACUCCGUGGUGUCUUCCGCCGAACGUCGCACCCUGCUCUAUGGUUUGCCGGGGGAGAUUUCGGUGUAUGCCGUACUAGUUCAAAGAAUUUGGUGAAUCCUCAGGUUUCAUGCUCAUGGAUCGUUGCUGAUUUUAUCAUCUCUAGGCUCUCCUCAUCAAGGCCACGGACCUUGGCAUCGUUGGAGAGUGAACUAUCCAAAACGCCGUUUUGUACAUCCUGUCCGCAAAAAAAUCCUUGA